GUUUAUUUUUUAGCUCACACUCGUCUCCACCAUCUCUGCAACAAGAGAAUCCAAAUAAAUUCAGUCUACUCAACAUGAUCCGCAAUUUAGCAGCUCAAUUUUACACUUAUCUAUCAAGAAUCAAAUCACCAUCCCGCAAUUUCUUGGUUUCCAAUAAGCCAAAGGAUGAGCUUACUAUUGAAGAAGAUGCUGAGAGAAAAAUUGGAUGGUUGUUGAAAUUCUUUUUUGCUGGAACUGCUGUUUUUGUGGGCUCUCAGUUUUUUCCUUAUAUGGGAGAUAAUUUGGUUCAGCAGUCUAUUUCACUAUUGCAAGUUAAAGAUCCCUUCUUUAAAAGAACUGGUGCUUCGAGACUAACCAGUUUUGCUGUCAAUGAUGAAAAAAGAAUGAAAGUUGUGGAAUUGGGUGGAGCUCAAGAAUUGGUAAGCAUGUUGGAGGCUGCCGCGGAUGAAAAAACUCAGGUAGCAGCUCUAAAGGCUCUUGCUGCUCUUUCACAAUCCGAUGAGGCUGUAGGAGCUUUACAUCAUGCCGGGGCUGUCUCUGUCAUUAAGGCUACCCCUGAUUCCCUUGAAGAAGCAGAAAUCAAGAAUUACAAAUCUAGCUUGCUCAAGAGAUUCCAAGAACUGAGAUAUGAUAGUUGAUUUUCACUGGCAACUAAGGUACGACCCUUACCAUUUUGGGUCGGAAAUACAGUUAGGUCAAACAGUUAUUGGUAUUGUAAAAUUAACUCCAAAUUUAUUUAGGAAGUUUUUUGUUCAAUGUAUUAGAAAGAACCUCAAAUUUUGCAUCAUAAAGUUAGUUUUUUUUAAACAAA